CGCGUCCAGUGGAAGGGGCGUGUCCCGUGAGUGGGGGUGGCUGUAGUCCGUCAGUCAGUGGCUCCGGGCUGUGUAGCGCCGCUUAGUGUCGCUCAGCCCUACCCCCGGCUUUUGUGUCCCGGGACCGUAGCACUGUCGCUGUGAGCAUCUCCACACGGAGUAUUGGGCAUCGCUCUUCAGAGCGGAAACGUGGGCCCGGGCCCUCGGCUCUCGCCAUCAUGUCUAAGCGGCUGAAGAGCCUGGAGGUCUGUGCAGACUGCAGCGUGCAGGAUCCUCGCUGGGCAUCUAUUAAUAGAGGUGUUCUGAUAUGUGAUGAAUGCUGUAGUGUACACCGGAGCCUGGGGCGUCAUAUCUCACAAGUGAGGCAUCUUAAACACACACCGUGGCCUCCUACCCUGCUACAGAUGGUGCAGACCUUAUAUAGCAACGGGGCAAAUUCAAUAUGGGAACAUUCUUUGCUGGACCCAGCAUCCAUAAUGAGUGGAAAGCGAAAAGCCAAUCCCCAGGAUAAAUUGCACCCAAAUAAAGCUGAGUUUAUAAGAGCGAAAUAUCAAAUGCUGGCAUUUGUUCACCGUUUACCAUGUCGAGAUGAUGAUAGUGUUACAGCCAAAGAUCUUAGUAAGCAACUUCAUUCAAGUGUUAGGACUGGUAAUUUGGAGACUUGUUUGCGGCUGUUAUCCCUAGGGGCACAAGCAAAUUUUUUUAAUCCGGAAAAGGGAAGUACACCUCUACAUGUAGCAGCGAAAGCAGGGCAGAUACUACAGGCUGAGCUGCUUACAGUUUAUGGUGCAGAUCCAGGCACACCUGAUUCUGCCGGGAAAACACCCAUCGACUAUGCAAGGCAAGGUGGCCAUCAUGAAUUAGCAGAUCGUCUAGUGGAAAUUCAGCAUGAAUUGACAGACCGGUUAGCAUUCUAUCUGUGUGGGAGGAAGCCGGACCACAGAAACGGACAGCACUUUAUUAUACCCCACAUGGCAGAUAGCAGUCUAGACCUAUCAGAACUGGCUAAAGCUGCAAAGAAAAAACUUCAGUCUUUAAGCAAUCACUUGUUUGAAGAAUUGGCCAUGGAUGUUUAUGAUGAAGUUGACAGACGAGAAACAGAUGCAGUUUGGCUGGCAACUCAGAACCAUAGCACACUUGUUACAGAGACCACUGUAGUACCUUUCCUUCCUGUGAACCCUGAAUAUUCAUCAACGCGUAACCAGGGAAGGCAGAAGUUGGCCCGUUUCAAUGCCCAUGAAUUUGCCACUUUGGUUAUAGAUAUUUUAAGUGAUGCCAAAAGACGGCAACAGGGAAAUUCAGUAGUUGCACCCAAAGAUAAUGUGGAAUUGGUUUUAAAAAGCAUAAGCAAUCAACAUAGCAAUGAAAGCCAAGACAACGACCAGCCUGACUACGAUAGUGUCGCAUCGGAUGAAGAAACAGAUUUUGAGAAUGUUCCACCCAAUUCAAAUAGGGAAAAGAGUUUGGAGUCUGACUUAUCUGAUGAGACAUUUACUGUACAAGAGUUUCUGGAGGUUAAAAAAUCCCUGACUGCUUCAGAAGCAAAAAUUCAACAGUUAAUGAAAGUUAAUAGCAAUCUCAGUGAUGAGCUUCGCAUAAUGCAAAAAAAGCUCCAAACACUGCAAUGUGAGAACACCAACCUCAGGAGACAGGCCUCAACUAACCUAUAUCAGGUCCCAACUGGGCCAGAAUACACAGACCUCGCCAACCCACCUUCAUUAAAGAGACGGCCUUCAGGAAGAGGUAGCAGGCCCAUGUCUAUGUAUGAGACGGGAUCUGCCCAGAAGCCCUACCUCCCAAUGGGAGAAGUUACUUACCCAGAAGAAAGUAUUAAAAGACUACAGCCUUUCCCACCUCAUAUCGGGAGGAGUGCCUUUGUAACCUCCUCUUCAUCCCUGCCUUCCUUCCCCUCCACGCUUUCCUGGUCAAGAGAUGAAAGUACACGAAGGGGGUCAAAAGUAGAAAAGCCAACCAGCGUACCAGAAAGCGACUAUGAUAAUACUCUUCAUGAUGCCGAGCUGGAAGAUACCAGCUCGGGUAGGAAAGUGAGACAGAGAAGCAUGCCCUGGCAUGGAGAAGGCUCAAUUCCUGAAUUGGAUGACCCUGAUGUAGAUGUUAGCUCCACUCUGCCCAGCACUGAGGAUGUCAUUCGUAAGACUGAACAGAUCACCAAAAACAUCCAAGAGCUGCUUAGGGCAGCACAAGAAAACAAACAUGAUAGCUAUUUACCAUGUUCAGAAAGAAUACACGUUGCAGUGACAGAAAUGGCAGCGCUCUUCCCAAAGAAACCCAAGUCAGACAUGGUGAGAACAGCGCUCCGGCUUCUUACGUGCAGUGCUUAUCGGCUGCAAACAGAGUGCAAAAAGACCCUGCCAAUAGAGCCCAGUCCAAGCACAGACAUUCAACUUGUGACACAGCAAGUCAUUCAGUGCGCCUAUGACAUCGCCAAGGCAGCUAAACAAUUGGUCACCAUUACAACCAAAGAAAACACAAACUAAGACAUGGUGGUCACCUUUUGUUAACUGAAGGAUACAUGGAACAUUUUUUCUUUUAUAAGGUUUUAUUUGAUAAUUAGGCAGGUUCAUCUUAAAAUUAUCAGUAUUACUAUUUGCAUGUUUUACUUCUAAGUGUUUCUCUGGACUAUAUUCAUUUACCCCACUGCCUUAUAGCUAAACUUUUCUGCCAGUUGAAAAAGUAUUGUACUCCAUCCAUGAUUCAGGGGUUUUCCUGGGACUACAAAAUUCUUAGGACAGGCCAUUACAUUUCAGAUUGGUGGAGGUCCAACACCCUGCACCCCGAUGAUUAAACGUUCCCCUCAUUGUUUAUCAGGCACAGCUUUUGUACUUCAGCUCAGUUACAUUUACUGGAGUCAGCUGCAGUACCACGCACAGCCACAUCCUGCAUCUGGAAAACAAGAGUGCUGCGGACCCUCCAGUCAGCUGACCCUGACCAGUCUGAUCCUGUAGGCCUAUUCUAAGGAUAGGUCAGCAAUUCUCGAAGUCUGCAAAACCCUUCUAGUUCAUUAUUAUUAUUAUUUUUUUUAUAUCACUGUGACAAACUUAUGGCUCAGUUUGCACGCCAUACAGAAUAUUGCUGGGACUUUACAAUGUGAUCCUUUUUAUGGUGUGGGCUCUAACUUAUAAAAUAUUUCCACACGUGUAACCUUGAUAAUAUAAUUUUUCUUUUGUCUAAAGGGUCCAGCAUUGCUUGUCUGCACAGUUGCUGGCCCAGCUGUCACAAGUUUUUAUCAGAAUAAUAAUCUUCAUCAAGGAUACAGGAUGUAACUUCCACUUUCACUGACUGGCUUCCACAUAUCUUGGUGUUUUACUAAUACGAUAGAACUCUGUUUUAUGUCCCAAGCCUUCUUAAAGAGUACCUGUCAGCUUUCUUGACAUGUCUUUAACUAAAUAAAAUAAAAAAAACUAUUUUGGAGCAAAUUUGCGCUAUUUCUCCUGGAAAUGUAUGAAUAAACAAAGCUAGGUGUUUCCAUUCCCUCUGUCCUCAGUGUUACACUAUCCAGUCAAUGCUGACAGUAUCAGAAUGAGUAGAGACUUAUUGACGAGGGGAAUGGUAACACCUAGAUGUCGAUUUAUUCAAUUGUGUCCAGGCGAAUAACACAAUGAAGAACUCUAAGGCUAGGUUCACAUUGUUGUUGUGCUCCGACCCGUUCAGCUUCUUUUUUUCUUUGUGCCGGGCGGCCCUAAAAUGGGCCACUGGAUCACCACAGAGUCCCAAUGGCUCCCAUCGACUUGAAUGGGGUCCGUUAGAGAUGGCAGUGCGAAAGUAGUUGCUCCAAUGUUUUUAUGGGGGCAUAUUUACUAUUCGAGACAUCUCAGAAGAGGUAACAGAUUCUCUCUAAAUAUAAGUGCCUGUACAGAUGACAAGUUGUUUCCAUUAUCUACAUGCACAAGUCAUUUCUUUACAUAGGUAAAGCUUACAAUCCAUCUACUACCAUGCUACCCGGAUCCUCCGCCACAUUGUCAAAGUGGUUGAACUGCAGACGGUAAACAAGUCGUUUUUUUUUUUUUUUUUUUUUUUACAGCCAUCUUGUAUGUGGACUUGAGGUUCAGUGUUAUAAGAAUCAACACAGUUAAUGGAGGAGGAAAAUGAAGCUUGUGCUUUGGGCCUUUGAACUAUUUUAGACGGCAUAUCUAGAAAGGCAUUGAUAAUACAUAUAAAUGGUGCUAGAAAAUAAAGGUGAUGUAUGUGAGUAAUUAUAAGUGUUGACUAAAGGUUUUUUUUUUUUUUAAGGACAAUAUUGGGCCUCAUUUACCAAGUGUCGGGUUUUUACUAGUGUGAAAUGUUGUUUCAGACUUGCAGGAUUCCACCACAUUGACUAUGGGGAUUCUCAGAUUUACAAGUCGGGAACAUUUUCUGACCAACUUUUUCUAGGUGGAAAUUUCCAGCCAUUUAUUCACAGGAUUUUCUGUGAAUUCAAUAGAAAAUAGGUCGGGUUGUGAAACCAUGCCCCUUUUUGGUCCGGCCAUGCCCCCUUGCAACAGACCACGCCCCUUUUAGGCUUUUCACAAUGCAAUGUCGGGGUUGGUUGGAUUUUCCUGUUGGACACCGUCUGAGACAUGUCUCAGACACUGUGCACCAAAAUAACUGGGAAAAACCCAACACAAACUAGUGGGUUUUAUCUUAGUAAAUGAGGGCCAUUAUCUUUGUGGACAUUCAAAAUAAUAGGACUGCCAGAGACCGUCAUUGUACCACUAAUAUUUGCAAGAAUGCCAAAGUGACUAAGGGUACGUUCUAGGGAUUGACAGAUUAUCGGUUUGGCCGAUAUUCACAAUUUUCUAAGUUAUCGGUAUCAGAAAUUACCAUGAUAAUGCUGGUGCUUUAAAUCAAUGAACUGCAGCGGCUUUUGUGGGGCCAGAGACCACCGCCUGCUUCUCUCCCCCUGCCUGUCCUGAGUCCAACCACCGCCGCUGCCCGAUUGCCUCCCCCUGCCUAUCCUCUGGCCAGAGACCGCUGCUGCCCCAUCCCUGGUUUUAUAAUCACCUGUUCCCUGGGUCCGUGCUACUUCUGGCUCUGGCGGCGUCCUGAGCCGUCACUGUGCGUCGGGCCACUGACUGUGACAUAGCGUUGAGGACGUCACUCGUUAUUGCGCAGCGCACAGCAACAGUGCAGGACGCCGCAGGAGCCAGAAGUAGCACCGCCCCCGGACACAGGUGAUUAUAAAAC